AUGUCCGACUUUGCCGACCGAAGACACAAGAAACUCAUUUUAUUCGAUGUGGAUGAGACACUGACGCCAGCUAGACGCUCCGCGUCGCCAGAAAUGAUUAGCAUCCUUCGUGAGCUUCGAAAGCAUUAUGCGAUCGGAUUCGUUGGUGGAUCCAAUCUCGUCAAGAUACAGGAACAACUUGGUGUUACAGGAAACAAUGUCUACGAUGACUUUGACUUCGCCUUCGCCGAGAAUGGCCUAGUUGCUUAUAGGAUGGGAAAGAAACUGGAAUCUCAAUCUUUUAUCAAAUUUAUCGGUGAAGAGAAAUACAAGACGCUCGUCAGUUUCAUUCUUCACUACAUUGCUGACCUGGAUAUUCCAAUCAAACGUGGUACCUUUGUUGAAUUCCGUAAUGGUAUGGUCAAUGUUAGCCCAAUUGGGAGAAAUGCUACCAUUGAGGAACGAGGCGAAUUUGAGGCCUACGACAACAAACACAAAUGGCGUGAGGCUUUCGUGGCAGUACUGCGCGAGAAGUUCCCCGAUUACGGUUUAACCUUUUCAAUCGGUGGCAAGAUCUCCUUUGAUAUCUUCCCUCGAGGAUGGGAUAAGACUUACUGCCUGGAACGUAUACAAGACGAAGGGUUCGAGGAAAUUCACUUUUUCGGCGAUAAGACGCACCCAGGAGGAAAUGAUUAUGAAAUAUUCUCCGACUCAAGGACUAUUGGACAUUCUGUUACGAGUCCCGAAGACACUGCACGUAUUCUGAAGGAGCUUUUCUUGCAGGGCUAGAAGAGAAUCAAGGAGGCGUUUUAUAUGUACUGACAUCGUUUGGACACCGGCUAGAUAUAAGAUUUAUAGAGCAUAGAAGUAAUUUAUCUGAGACAGGUU